CCCUGGAUCCGCCACUGAAUAGACAACGGAUUCGGGAUUGCUCGUCUGUUGUCACUAUUGGAUCCUCCCUCUCCAAGUCCGGUAACAAAAAUGAAGUCGCUCCUUUUAUCCAUAUGCUGUAUUCUGGUUCUGUCACCAUGCUGGGCAGAACCGAUCGCAAUGUUCGACGUCGAUGAGGUUCCUCUCGUCCGUGGCAGAGCCAAAUCUCGAGAAAGACGAGCUGAUGGUGAUAGGGAACGAGACUGCUCUGCUUCACCGCCGAAUUAUCCAGACACUACAGUUGACACCACAGCACAGCUGGCUAAGAUCCGAGAAUACAUGGCACAGUAUGGCUACGACGCCUACAUUGUACCUAGUGAAGACGCCCACGGCAGUGAGUACAUCGCUGCACCUGACGCAAGACGUCCCUAUAUCAGUGGCUUCUCAGGAUCGGCAGGUCUGGCUGUGAUUACCAGCACAUUGUCUGCUGUGUGGACUGACGGACGCUAUUUCAUCCAGGCUGAACGCGAGAUGAUCUGUGAAUGGAUGCUCAUGAAGAGCGGCGAGGUAGGAGUUCCCAGCUCAGCUGAAUGGCUGAUUAGUGACAGCAUCGAUGCUACCAUGGGGGCCGACGACUACCUGAAGGAGCUAUGA